UCCCGCCCACUCCCCGCCGACCCCCGCCAAUCACGCGCCACCUUACCGAGAGCAGAGCGAAGCUCCUCCCCCACUUGUGUCCUCUUGCUCAUCGAGAAGUUUGAGAGGGAGCAGAUCAUCGUGGUGCCAGAUAUCACCGGGGGAGUGACGUGUACCCCACGGUUCCCUGAACAGCAGACCGCUUCUGGGUCAUUUAGCCCUCCACCCUCAGAGUUCAUCCUGCCCUGCACGUCUCUUCAGGAACCACUAGAGGCGCCGCUGGCCGAGGAGGAGGUGGAGAAAGAAGAAAAGGAGGAGGAAGAAGAGGUGGACGAAACCGAGGAGGAUGACAGCGAACUCGGGGCUUCCUGCUCAGAAAAGCGUCUCUCUAUGGAAUCGGGCUAUGGUGCCUCUGAUAAACUGCUGGACACUAUGGAAAUUAGGGACCUUACAGCCAACCAAUCAGAAAUCCCCUCGGAUCGCUUGUCCCUCCCUCCGUCACAGAUGGAUGGGAAGCUGGCCAAUAGAGACAGUGGUAUCGACAGCAUCAGCUCGCCCUCACACAGCGAGGAGCUCUGCUUUGUUGGGGACGAGGAUCGAGUCGGUCACGAGAGGGAGAUUUGCCCCUGCAGCCCAGGGCCCGGGCUUCCUUGCGGCUAUGCCGAGGGGCCCGGAGGAGAGGGGGCCAGUGGUGUGGAGGGCAGCAGAGACUCAGAGGGAGACAGUGAUAUGGAGGAGGGCAGCGGGGAUGAGAGUGAGAUGAACCCCAUGGCCCUACAACCUCUGCCUAAAGCUGAACGACAAGACUCCACUGAGCUGUCAGUCCAGCAGCGGGUGUUUAACAUUGCUAAUGAGCUGCUGCAUACGGAGAAGGCUUACGUGUCCAGACUGCACCUCCUGGACCAGGUGUUCUGUGCCCAGCUGAUGGAGGAGGCCCGAGCUCGCAGCUCCUUCCCCUGUGAGGUGGUCAUGGGCAUCUUCUCCAACAUCUGCUCCAUCUACUGCUUCCACCAGCAGUUCCUGCUGCCCGCACUGGAGAAACGCAUGGAGGAAUGGGAUCUGAACCCCCGCAUCGGGGACAUCCUGCAGAAACUGGCGCCUUUCCUGAAGAUGUACGGCGAGUACGUGAAAAAUUUUGACCGGGCCAUGGAGCUGGUGAACACCUGGAUGCAGCGCUCCUCUCAGUUCAAAGCCAUCAUUCACAACAUCCAGAAAGAGGAGAUGUGUGGGAAUCUUACCCUACAGCACCACAUGUUGGAGCCUGUGCAGAGGAUCCCUCGUUACGAGCUCCUGCUCAAAGACUAUCUGCACCGCCUGCCAGAGGACGCGGACGACUUCAAAGAUGCUCAGAAAUCUCUGGAGCUGAUCGCCACAGCGGCAGAACAUUCAAACGCUGCCAUCAGGAAAAUGGAGCGCAUGAGAAAGCUGCUGAAAGUGUACGAGUUGCUCGGUGGAGAAGAGGACAUUGUUAACCCGACUAAUGAGCUCAUUAAAGAGGGACAUAUUCUGAAACUGUCAGCUAAAAACGGGACAUCACAGGAUAGAUACCUCAUUCUGUUCAAUGACAGGUUGUUGUACUGCGUCCCCAAACUGAGGCUGAUAGGACAGAAGUUUGGAGUGCGAGCACGGAUUGACGUUGACGGCAUGGAGCUUAAGGAGACCAGCAGCAUGAACGUACCACGAACAUUUCUGGUUUCGGGAAAACAGCGUUCACUAGAACUGCAAGCAAGGACGGAAGAGGAGAAGAGAGAUUGGAUUCAGGCGAUCCAGGCCACUAUGCAGAGACAUGAACAGACGCUGGAGACCUUCCGCAUGCUCAACUGCUCGUUUCGGGAGGAGGACUUCACUCCUCCAAACUCUCCGAAUUGCACAGAGCUUGGAAAGCGAGCGCCCACUCCAAUCCGGGAGAAAGAGGUUACACUGUGCAUGAAGUGUCAGGAGCCUUUCAACUCUAUUACCAAAAGACGGCAUCACUGCAAAGCCUGUGGACAUGUGGUGUGUGGAAAGUGUUCGGAGUUCCGUGCCCGUCUGUUGUACGAUAAUAACCGAGCCAACCGCGUGUGUAUAGACUGCUACACCACGCUAGUGGGAGUGCCGCCCUCUCCGGCCAGUCUGAGCAACAGCACACAGAGACGCCGCUCCAUUCUAGAGAAACAGGCCUCAGUGGCAGCUGAGAACAGUGUGUUGUGUAGUUUCCUGCAUCAUAUGGAGAAGGGAAGUGGACGUGGAUGGCAGAAGGCCUGGUUUGUCAUCCCUGACAGUGAACCACUGGUGCUGUAUAUCUAUGGUGCUCCGCAGGAUGUCAAAGCCCAGCGCAGUAUUCCCCUCAUCGGGUUCGAGGUGUCUCUACCCGAAUCAAGUGACCGUCUAGAACGUCGCAACGCCUUCAAAAUGAGCCAGAGUCAUUUGACCGUUUACUUCAGUGCCGACUGUGAGGAACUGCAGCGACGUUGGAUGGAGGUCUUAUCGAGAGCCGGCAGGGGUGAGGAGCUGCAGUCAAACGGGCCGAUAUCCGAGGCCCUCGAGGAAGAAGGGGAGGAGCCAGUACCUACGGAAGAAAGCACAUGAUUGGCUGAAAAUAUAUCAUUUUGCACACACAAACUGUACAAAUGUGACCACAGCGACAGGAUAUAAUAGACAAAAACACACACACACACACACACACACAUACCUUCUCUCUUACACACAUCUGUAUUAAUUGUCAGUUGUAAAUUGCAUGAAAUAUCUACAGGUAUGUUUCUCUGUGUAUUGCUCAUCUUGUGUGAGUGACCAGUGUUUGGAACAAUCUGACAAAAGUGUGCACACUUCAAAGACGACUUAUCAGGGGACACAUGAGCUCUUUCGGCUGCUAGCAGUUUCUUUGUUAAAUUGACUGUUUCUGCCAAAUCUCGAGGUGUUGUGAAGUGGUUUCUCGAGCAAGGCUAUGGUUUAGCAAAGUGAGAUGGUUCUACGGUUUGCUGGCUGUGCGUGAAUGUUUGGCCUGGUUUCAUGAAAUGUUUAGGUGACUUAGAGUCUACAGUAAAAUACCCUCGUUUACAUAACCAGAAGCUGGAAGGAAUUACUGAUUUUGUUGAUUUUAAAUCAGCAAAAGUCAGUAGACUAUGAAUCCUGCCAAUAUUAAUGGCAAUAAUCCGCUUGGUAAGAGGAUCAAAUCCUGGAUUUCUCAUUUCGAUUACAUGUUAAACAUUGGCUAUUGCAUUAGUAGUGAAUUGUGACAGGACUGGCCACAUGAACUGUUGUUCAGUUAUGCAAGCUUCUGUACAUGUGUGGUAAUCAGAAACUGCUGGAACAUAGCAGGAAUAUUUAUUAAGCGUGUUUUAACCACUCACAAUGAUAGAAAUAUGUGCUUCCUGUUGACUCUAAGGUCCUUCAACUCAGAAAACACCAACAAAUUUACUCUGCCACCUAGUGGACGCAUAUCAUAGCGCACACAUUCUAGGAGUGAAUGUCAGGGAACAUGUCAAGAAACAAAAUUGGAAACUUUAUUUUGCAUAUAAAGUAAAUGAAUCUUGUUUUAAUGACUAUUAAGAUUUUUGUUUCACUGUGACAUGGUUUAUUAGUAAAAAUCUCAUUACUGUA